GUAGUCCCGGCCCGCCCCCCGGAGCCGCAUCACGCGGGGCGCAGCGCGGAUCCGUGCGCGGGGUUGCUAAGGGUGAAAGUUUGCCGUGAGUUGGCUCACUUGGGGCCAGGGCGCGGGCGGCUCCGGGCCGAGGCGAGGGCAGGCCGGCGGCGGCGCAGGGCAGCGGUACCCGCACCUCACCUCCCGGCCGUCCCCCGGCACCCCUCCGGGCCCCAGCCCCGCGGAGGAAGGACCCCGCCCCGCGGAGGGGAGGGAACCGCAGGACAGCGCCGGGCAGGGAGAAGGCGAGGGACGGGGCAGGGACCCGCACGCAGCGCCCGGAGCCGAGGACGAAGUCUGCUUGGAGCCAAAUCUCGUCUAUGUGUGUGUGUCACCUUGUCUCUUUCAAUACGCUGCCCUGACUUGCUUGCUGCGAAGGGAGUAUGCAUCUGGAGAUUAAAGUUGCUCUUAACUUCAUCAUCUCAUACCUGUACAACAAGCUUCCUCGGAGGCGGGCGGACCUGUUCGGUGAGGAGCUAGAGCGCCUGCUGAAGAAGAAAUAUGAGGGUCACUGGUACCCGGAGAAGCCUCUGAAGGGAUCGGGCUACCGCUGCGUCCACAUCGGGGAGACGGUGGACCCGGUGGUGGAGCUGGCGGCCAAGCGCAGCGGGCUGGCGGUGGAGGAUGUGCGCGCCAACGUGCCGGAGGAGCUGAGCGUCUGGAUCGAUCCUUUCGAGGUGUCCUACCAGAUCGGCGAGAAGGGCUCCGUCAAGGUCCUCUACCUGGACGACAGCGAGGGCUGCCAAGCCGCGGAGCUGGACAAAGAAAUCAAGAGCAGCUUCAACCCCGACGCCCAGGUGUUCGUCCCCAUCGGCAGCCAGGACAACUCGCUGUCCAACUCGCCGUCCCCCUCCUUCGGCCAGUCGCCCAGCCCCACCUUCAUCCCGCGCUCUGCCCAGCCCAUCACCUUCACCACUGCCACGUUCGCCGCCACCAAGUUCGGCUCGACCAAGAUGAAGAAGGGCGGAGGAGCCGGAGGAGGGGGCGGCGGAGCGGGGGCCGCGCCGCAGCCGAGGAUGGUCCGGUCUCCCACCACCAACCUGCUGAAGCACAAGGGCCUCUCCCUGUCCAUGCACUCUCUGAACUUCGUCGGGAGCGCUGGGAGCCAAGCCCCGCAGUCGCAGCUCUCCCCCAACGCCAAGGAGUUCGUUUACAGCGGCGGCUCGCCGGGAGCCGGCGGCCUCUUCUUCGACGGCGCUGCCGGCGAGAGCCAGGCCAGCAGCGUCCCGCCGGCCUCGCAGUUCGGCGCCGGCACGGGCGGCGCCUUCGACGUGGCUCAGGUCUUCGGUGGCAGCACCAACAGCCUCUUCUUGGAGAAGUCUCCCUUCGUGGAAGGACUCAGCUACAACCUGAACGCCAUGCAGUACCCCAGCCAGUCGUUCCAGCCCGUCGUCCUGGCCAACUGAACACGAGGAAGGAGAGUAUUUGGGGCGGGGGCGGGAGGGGGGAGACAACAACAACACACACACACACAAAAUAAAGAGAGGGAGAGAAAAGAAAACUAGAAAUAUACAGAAAAUAUUCAAAUCUUAUAAAUAUAGCUUCUUGGAAAAUGAGAGAGCCCGGUGUUGUUGCGCUGUGCUGGCGGCGCUCCUGAAGCACUGACUUGUUUUUUAACUCGGUCCCUGCGCUUUUUUCCUACUCCACUUUUUUUACUCCUCAAACGAGCCUAGGGUUGUUCGGUUCCCGUCCCCUGGUGUCGAUGGAGGGGCGCGCUCUCGCCGCGGGCGGGCGGGCUCUGCUUUGCCGUUAGGGCUCCGCGUGUGGACGGAGAGCCCCGGCUGUGCCCGCGGGCUCAGGGCAUCGCGCUGGCGUUGCCGCGGGCUCGCCGGGCUGGGGCCGCGCGCUGGAAGCAGCGGGUGGCAGCCCCGCGGUACGCAAACACCGCCCGCCCGCCCCGGGGGCGGUGCUGAGCCUUCGGUCCCGGGUCCGGGUUCUCAUUGCCGGCUGUGAAUUUUGUCUCUUUUAUCUCGGAGAGGGGGUUCCUUUCUUUUCAGUUCGAGAGGCGGCACUGGUGGGGAAGAGGAAGGGCUACGUUGUUGAAGCUGCUGUCUUGAGUGGUGGUGUAAGGGUCCGCAGGUCGCUUCUGCGCCAGGGUCCCCGCAGCCCCCCGGCACGGGGAGCGCCUCUACGUGCCCAGUGGGGCUGGGGGACCUCCGGGCGGGACGGAGGCCUCCCUGGAGGCUGUGGCGGGAGUACGGAAGAGGGCAAAGAGGAGAGAGAUGGUGACGAGACUCCAGUCUUUGAGGUUCUGUGGUUUAAAAGAAAAAUAAGCUCUUUGCUGCCUCCCAAACCUCGGGUUUGGUUUUCUUUGAACAAUGUCUCUGGAGCACCCUCUGAAACCCACUUCUGUGGCUGCCGAUCCGGUGCGCUCUCCCAGGACGUCCCUGUUCCAGGGCAGAGGGGCUCCAACUCGCGCUUCUCCCUCUCCUUGAGCCUCCCCGUAGCCGUGCUGCCAGUGAGCCUCGGCAGAGGCAGCGGGGCUGUCCCGGGGAGGCUGCUGCUCCCCAGACCUCGUCAAGGAGAGCUUCGGCCUCGCGGGGCGGCCGCAAGAGGCAGGGCCCGAGCGGGCCGCGCGCUGCCAUCGAGCUAUGACCGGCACGGCGGGAGGGCGAGGGGAGCGGGGCCCCGGCGGCUUCCCCGAAACGGCGUCCGUAGCUAGGGCAAGGGGCUCGGGAGCAGCUGAGCUGUCGGGUUUUCCUUUCUUACUUCGUUUUGCGUUGGGUUUUAACCCCCCGCUUGCGGAUGUUACCGCUGCCACCCCCUCCCUCUCCCCGCAGCCCCGUGGGACCUGGCUGCCCCCGCGUCCCCAAAACCGGCGUGCCCCUCUCUGGCAGAGGGCAAGAGGGGAGAGGCGCGGUUCCCCGCCUCCUGCUCGUGCGUGUGAAGCUUCGAUGCCGCUUUGCCCUGCCCCGCGUGUCACACCCGCGUUAAAAACCGUGCUGCGAGUGGAAGGAGGGACCAACCCCUCCGCGUCCUAAAGGAAAAAAGCGUGCUUCAGGAACGUUCCUCCAGCCUCAGGCAGCAAGGGAAACUAACGGCCUUUUUCGGGUCUUUUCUAGUCUUGGAUGUAGGCGUUCAGCUUCAAUUUUAUUUUUUAAAACCUGCACUAAUUUACCUGGUUUCUUAGGAAGAGAAGAGAGAAUUUUUUUUUUAACUUUUAUUUUUUAUGGGUUUGUGUUCUUUUUGUUGACGUCCGUUUGUAUUGAAUAAUUUGCUACAUUUGUAAAAUGUAAGAGGUAUAUAUAAUAUAUGUAUAUUUCUAACGUAAAAAAAAAAUUGUAAUUUUUUUCUUUUCAAGAUUUUUUCUUAAAAAGAGGAGAGAAAAAUAUUUUUUCAGGAAAAAAAACUUUAGAAAAAAGCGGUGAAGAUUCCUUUCUCCCCACUCAGCCUCCCUCCUUUCCCUCCCGCCCCUCUCCGAGGAGUGAAUCGACAGUUGCCUUGUGGAGAGAGUGAGUGAGAGAGGACCGAAGUCUGUGCGUCUCCGUGCGAGGGUUUCUGUGAGCGCUUCGCCUGGGUUUCUUUCCAAGAAGGGGGCUACUGAGAGGGGGAACCAGGGGGUUGCUGUCUUUUUUUUUUUUUCCUUUUUUUUCUUUAGCGAAGGAGGAAUACAAUCAGAGUUUUGUAUUCAGAAUGUUGUGCAAUAUUUUGGAACGGGACAUUGGUGUGUCUAGAGAUUUAGUUAAAAACAAAAA